CAAAAGAAGUCAAGUGGCAAGUGUUCCAGUAAUUGUGCUGUCAUGAAGUUUAUGCUGAAAUAACUGCAGGAAUGAGUUUUCUUCUCGUGGGUUUUCUCAGCACUGUUGUGCUCCACUCUGUGUCAGCUGGUGGUGCAUAUUGUGCUAAAACAGCAAGAGCCCGUGCAGCUGCCUUGGGUUUGGAUUAUCCUGGAGUACAUGGUGCGCCUGAAUUCUCUGGACCAGCUUACCAUGGAAUCCCCCCUCACCCUUACAAUCAUGAAUGGUUUGAGACUGUACCAAACAUGGCCACCCCUAAACAAAAUUGGCCAACUUUUCAUAACGUGAGGCAUAGACAAGGUAACCUAGGAACAUCUGACAGAUUUCUAAUGACCCACGGCACUUACGGACCAGUUCAAAAUGAAUACACAACAAAGCCAGAGCACGGCUUUCCCAGAGGACAGUCGGUCGGUAACCGCGGUUCCAGUUUUAAAGGGGUCAUGCGUGUUGCACUACCAACACGAGCUGAUGCCCCUAGCCAGUUUGACCUUGUGAAUAGGGAUCCUCAAGGUCACUUGGUUGUCUAUGGUGAACAUGACCUUGUUGUUGAUGAGUCCGUCCCAAAUAGACAGGGCAUUUUUCACCAUGCACUCCCCCUGCCCCAAAACUGGGGUCAUGGUGCUUACCAGAGAGCUCGAACUGUACAUGGCCUCAGAAGAAAAGGGCCUGUCCUUGGUUCAAAUCACUUUAAGAAAGUCCAUGGAGCAGCAAAGACUAGUUGGGGUCCUCCUAUGUUUGGUAGUUGGAGAUACAGAUUUCCUGGCCUCAAUGCUAAACAGUUUGUUCAAGGUACCCCAACCCCCUUGGUGGUCUGAGAGACCUGAAAUCAGAUCCCGUUAGACUUAUUCAAAUGAAAGGGUCUGACAUUAAAGGCCCUGGCAUAUAGCUCUGCUGUCUUGUCAGAUGGUGUUCCUUUGACUUUUUUUUUUCUUUUUUUGAAGUUAACAGGCAGGCUUUUUGUGCAGGGUGGGGGUGAGAAGUGAGUCUACAAUCUUAGUUUCACUGGAGACAAAGGGGAGGGAUGUCCCUCCUACACUUAUCUGUGUACAAGCGCCUAUAUUGUGUGUGUUGUUGUUUUUGUUUUGUUUUUCUUCACGUGUAACUCCAAAAUGAGUGAUAUUACACACCCUCUACUGAAUAUAAAAUUUGUAAAAUGGUUAUGGUUCUCUGGGGGGUUUUUUUGUUGUUGUUUUUUUGUUUUUAUUUUUUAAAACACUCUCCCACAGCAUUAUAAAUGACUCACUGGGGCCUGGAUGCUACCACAGUGCCAUCUGUUGGUUCCAAUGGGUAGAGAGCCUUUGGCUCACAUUGUUGUACACAGGUGCUGCUUAAUGGAGGGUCAGCCUUUGACAAAUCCCAUAAUCUGUUUACAAUCUGUUGUUUGCAAGUACUAGUAGAGGCUAUGCUAAUUUUUUUUUCAAAUAGCCUUGGCAUUUCAGUGAUGGCAUGCUGCACUACUGGUCUGGAGUUUCCAAUUAGAUAAUUCAGACCGUGCAAAUUGGUAUCACUCAUUUUAUAAAACAAAACUUUUUUUUUUCUUCUCACCAAUGCAGAACAUUGUCAGGAAUUGCUGAAAGUUUGUGUGAAAUGGUACACUGACCCAUAAAUCACUCAAGAGCCUAAGAGUGGGUUAUGCGCACUAAUCUUGAAUGUGAAGAGGGAAACUGAUGACGGAACAAAAAUAAACCAAUUAGCUGUUUGUGAUAAGCAGGAAGGAAAUCAAUCACGGGAGGGUGGGGAAAAGAAUUCAGUAGCUGCAGUGAGUUUGAACCCCACCUGGCAACCUCGCAUGUGUUUAUGUUGGGCUAAAUUCAGCGAACAAGUGAAGACCCUUUCAAAAUAUAUUUUGCAAGACAGGGAAAGGAAGGACAAACUUGUCUUUAGUCACUGAUGGCUACAUUAAAAGUGCCACAAUAUCCUGUGAUCAUUUGCCUUCUUAACCUUGAUCAAUAGCUUAAUGACCCUUUUUACAGCUUCGAGGAGGGAAAGGAGGAGGCAGGGGGAUUUACUAUGUUUAAGCAUGUGGCGAGCAGUAAGGACCCAUCACCAGGAGCUCACUGCUGCUAACAAAGAAAUCUAGCUUUCCAA